UUUCAACAUGGCAAAAUACGGCCGGCAAGGCGUCCCAGAGUUAAGUUUUCAUAAUCCAGCAGGAAUGAUUCUGUAUCCUAGAGGUUUACAGACUUAUGCUAUGGGGAAUACGAGGGCCAGAGACGUAACCGAACUACUGGGGACCUCGAGAGGACAACAUCUAGAUUUGCUGCUGCUUGGUUCUGGCGAUAUAAGGAAUUUUUUGUUUACUGUAUCCGAGCUAUCUAUACGGAAACCUCAUGAGAGUCCAAAAAGUUUAAGUUUCCAUAUAAACGACUACGAUCCAUCGGUGAUUGCUCGCAAUGCUGUCCUCAUACAAGUCGCUAGUGAAAUAAAUCCGGAUAUCCCAGCGGAUGUAGACUUCUUGUGGAAUAUCUGGUAUAAUCUGGCUCUUUCCCACGACAACUUUUAUCGACUGCAACAAGUACUACGUCGAUUAAUCGAAAAAAAAUUUGACAGCGCAGAGAGCAUAUUGAAGUUCGACGACAUCGCUAUUCUCCGGGAAUGUUGUGCUAUUUGGAAGGAUUGGAUGGCUCUUGAUCUUGACGUGAGAAAAAUUAAAGAUGAUCGAAACAGACUGAUUAAAAGUAAAAUGCAAGAACUAAAAUUUGACGUGGAUGGUCAGUGUAUGGGUGUACUAUCAGAGAUGAUGAUGGGACUUAGUCAAGAAGCAGACACACAAUUUUUCAAGGCAACCCAUGCGAAUCCAUUCUAUACGGAAAUAAAACACUGGUUUUGCGAAGGUUCCACUUCGGAGGAAUUCGAAAGGACAAAUCCAACCUUGAUUCGUCCAUUUGAUCAUGAAUGGAGAUUACACUAUAAUUCUUGUGUGUUUGAAAGUUACUUGCCAAUCGAAAGGGACCAGCUCUUACGAUGUAAAUCUCUGACAGCAGCUUGUAAAGAAAAUUUAAAAUUGAUGCUGAAAGGUUUCCAGCGGCAAAGGAAGAAUAAUCAAACAACUUUGAAGGUUACUCUGUGGACAGGCGAUGCACUUGCUUUGUGUACAAGUGGCUUUCCUCCAAAGAUGUUAUUCGACGUUAUCGAUACCAGUAAUGUCUCUGAUCACAUUGGCUUGCUGAAUGUUCUUGUUUGCUGUGCCCCGAGAUUGAAAAAGCCAAACAGAUCUCUCAUGUUUACAUCAAGCAUGCUGUGGGGCGGAGGUUGUAAAAAAAAAUGUUUUGGACAGCUUCCUGUUUCCUGCGCGGGGUGUUUUCUGGGCUUGAAACUAGCUGUUGACAUUGAAUUGGGAAGCAGCAAACUUCCGGACAGAAUGGAAACUUCAGAGGAGAUUCUUUGCUGGGUGAAAGCAGACAUUAAGAGGACUCUGUUGACAAUAGACAAAACCAGUGACUUUGUUCAAGGCCUUUUUCGGCUCGCUGAACGGUGCUUUGAUUUGCUGAAUGAACAAACAAAACCACUGGUAGAUGGACAGCACCUCCUUGUGAGUCAGGUGUUUGGCGCAACCUUGUCGUCACCUCUUACACUCCUUCGAAUUAUUCAUCAGAUACAACCAGUUAUUAAAGGAGGAGCCGACCGAAUAUUUGAGCUUCUCGAAACUCUUCUGCCGCCUGAUUUCCACCAAAAGCAUGGUCUGUCUUGGAAUUUUCUCAAAGCAUCGCUUGGGAAUGAACGAGGGCCUGUAGUUGAAGUAAAGGUUAACUGUAACAUAACGGUAGCCUCUUGGUACAAGGGAACACCAAUUCCGAUGAUUUGCUUUGUGAAACCAAGCAUGAUUCAUCAGGCUAAGGCACAGAUGCUCUCUGGUCAGGCAAAAUGCACUGAAACGACGUUUCCAUCAAUUUACAACAGCUUACGUUACGAUGACCAAGCCAACAUUGUGACUUUCCAUAUUAGUGAGAAGGACUGGCACGAGUUGCAGUCAAAUGCGUUCAUGUGGAUAUCCUCAAGUGACAUGAACCCUGUCAUAAAUCGUGACCUAUUGUUUCUCGGAGGGGAAACCAUUGAAAGAAACCAACGCGUUGAUCCGGUCGAGAUAUUUGGCUUAUUUUCAGUGCAGGCUUUUACUGUGAUCGAAACAAAUGCAAACUGCCAAGUACUGAAGAUCCACAAAGUCGAGGAGAGUAAGUUCUCAUACUAUGCAGAACUUGACAUACCGGACUUAGAACAAUGCAAAGUCAGCACAAUGAAGGUUAGCUUUUCUCCACCUAAAUGUCCGGUUGAACUCCAAAUACACUUCGAAGGAGCUACAGGAGAUCCGCUGCAGAUAUACUUUUCAUGUUCUGUGAAUGAGAACUUGGCCAAGUUUCAGAUUUCACGCAAGCGCAAAAAAGUACUUUGUCACAUUCCUAAAAGAGAAGAUGGAACAGUGGGAGAACUUGUAAUACAGAACGUGGCUCCAGUUCCCUUUCAUACCAUGAUAUUAUGGGAUGGCAAACAGCAUGACAAAAAAAUGUUCAGAAAAAUGUUUCGCACAAAACUUGAUCUUGAGCUGAAGUCUCAAGGAAAAAGUGGUUCGCCGUUUUUUAACCUCAGGGAAUCCAUAACCAUGAUAUUGAGCAAGCAAUCAGACGAACCUUGGACGCCAUUAGUGCAUGUUGUUGAUGAGCUUGGAAUCAUUGAGGAGCCUUACCAAACACAGGAAAACAUGUUAAAGAAAAAGGGCUUUGUUAUCAAAGUACAGGAGAUGUACAAAUGGAAGUUUCUUCCCGUUGCGAAAGUUGUAUUCUGUGAUUGUCAAAGGUUGGCUGACAAGCUUCAAAGUGAUCCAACAGACGUCCAUCUAAUGGCGAAUUUCUUUUCCAACACCUGGUUACACUUGGUGCAUAGAAUCUUGGCUGACGGUGAGGAGAAGACCCUAUUUCAUAAAAUGCUCUACACAAAUGCCGCAAGAGUAGAUCAGGAUAAUGCAUCUAGUGUUUGGAAGAAUUCCUUUAUUACUCUUUUGUUCCCUAGAGAAAGAACUCUUGACUUGUUUGCUGGAUUGUUAAAAGGACAAAUGAAAGACCUCCUUUUUAACCUGUGUUCGUUUCCUAAUCAAGCAAGACAGCCCGAAGAGCACUCCACCCGAGACAGUUUCCCUGCAUUCUUAGCGGACUUUGCACGCCAAAUGGCUCAUUUUAACACGGGGCCAAGAGAUCAUACAUCAGGUUCUGACCUCUCAGAAAGGGGACCUCCUCUAAAGGAGGCAGAAUGCGCCUUCUGCCAUUCAAAGGAAGGCACUCUAAAGCGAUGUCUUGGCUGCAAAAGGAUCGUCUACUGCAGUAAAACUUGCCAGAAAAACCAUUGGAGGGAACAUAAACCAGACUGCCAAAGUAUUUCUUAGAUCAUCAAACUGACAAGUUGUACCCCUCUUCGGUUCCUUUUCAAAGCCCAAAACUAUCAUCAUUAGCCACGAAAGUUACCAAAAUUAAUUAAAAAUCGAUAAAGGCUAACAAAACAAAGCAAAACGAUGAAUAAAUAGGAGGUAAAAGAUAACCAAGUUCAAAAUGUCGAUCGAAAAAUUCCUAUUAUCAUCCCGUUACCUAAUGACACACACACCCGGCUUUUGCGGACAAAAUUUUAUAUGGUCAUUCUGAGUGUUAACUCAAUUUUCUGAAAUUCUAUUUGAUACUUUAAAAACACUCUUUUUCGACACAUCUGCAAAAGAACCGAGACAUUUUUUCGAUCUUACAAGGAUAAAAGUCGAUAUCCUUAAUCUUAUCCCCUUUACUGGAGCCGGCUUCUGUAGAUAGCGCAGCGUUGGCUGCAUGAUUGCCUCUUCGAGAGUAGAACUAACCUUCGCUCCGUAAAGCCAAAUGUAACGUUAUCUCCAAUCAGAAUGAACGGAGUCCACCAGCAAACUAUGGUUAAGCCGAUAUUCCUCAGCCAUUUCAUGGCCGGGUGGAGACAUACAUUGUCACUAAAUCCGUCAACAAGGUGUCUCUAUAAACGCCUCAUGAACUGCUCUGUUGCUUCGUUUUCAAUUACCCACAGUGUCACCAACACUGAUCGUGCACCAGAUGCCUAGAACGCUCUAGUAAUUCCGAUGACUCCCUCGACUUUGAUCUCUCUACGCCGCUGUGACAAUAGUUGGGUAGCACCAAUUUAGCUCUUACUUUAACUUCUGAAAUAUCAGAGAUCCUCAAAAGGUAGCCUUCUUCAUCUGGAGCACUUUUAACAGUAGGACAAGGCAAAACGGCGGUCUCUCCUGUGUCGGCGUUACCAUGUGCAACGACACGAAUCAGACUCACUGGAUAAAUUGCCGCUGUGACAUUAGCUGAGUAGCACCAGUUUAGCUCGUACUUUAACUUCUGAAAUAUCAGAGAUCCUCAAAAGGUAGCCUUCUUCAUCUGAAGCACUUUUAACAGUAGGACAAGGCAAAAGGGCAAUCUCGCCUGUGUCGGCGUUACCAUGUGCAACGACACGAAUUAGACUCACUGGAUAAAUCGCCUGAAGUACCACCUCUCUCGUGGCACGCUCUCCUAGCAAAGGUUAAACGCCCAGCAGUUGUCCGAUCGUCUCUGCUUCCUUUCUUGCACCGAGAAAUUCUAUGAAGUUCGCGAUUUUUCCCUUGUAACGCGCCUUGCCUACCUCAGGAUCACCCACAAACAGUGCAUCAGUCUGCCUUUGAUAUUCCGCCUGGCAGUCUUAAGCCAAGCCAAACUCAGGUCUCGUGUUAACCAUACUUUCCGCUUUUGCCCUUUUGCUUAUCGCUCCCUUGUUUUACACUCCGUUCUUGAGAACAGUUCAGAAAAAGCCUACUGAGUUUGUAUGACUUGUGACAGUAAUAAAUAUCAGUGUGGGCUUUAAGUCCACUAAGUUCCAUUAGCAAGAGAUAACCUCUUUGCCUUGUAUCUUAGAUCUUAGAUUUAAGGGUGACUGAAAUUUAAAGCUGCUAUACAAACAUGCACUUACACAAGCGCGUCAGCAGUAUAUGUUCUUUUCCGCCGUCGAUCUUUAUUCAAUUUAAGCACUAGUCCGUGCUUUCCCAUGGAGGUAAUAGGUAAGUUUGUCACAACUAGACUUGUGAU